UGGUCUUGUUUGGAGCUGCCCUUAAUUCUUUUUUUUUGUUUGAAGACACCCGUGCACUGGUUGCGUUGGGUUAGUUGUUUUGAUCAAUUCAUUUUACUAUACCUUAAUAAUCGUUCUAUACUAAACCCCUUCAAUUUGAUAUUAACGAAAAAAAUCCAUACUUGAAUUCCCCUUACAGACGAGCUGUGCUCUCUUAUACCCCAAUCCAAUCACACACAUUUUAUUUUAUUUUAUUUUUUUUUGGACCGUUCAACUUGGUCGCUGGUCGACGUCUCCAUUCAGCAGCUUACAAUCUUGCUCAGCCUUGUUCAUCUUGUCGCUGAGGCUUUUUACCAUCAUUCUAAUUUCGUUGUCGUGGACUGGAUCCGCGAGCACUACUGUUGGAUACCGCAGUCAACCAACCAACAAACCAACACGGACCUGAUUGAAUCGGCUCUGGUAGUCCUUCCAUACAAGUCUUAUAUACCUUCCACAUCUGAUACGGAAGAGUGCUCUCAUCUUUUACUUCGACACGAUCAUCUAUACGUUCAACGUGAAUAUUAUAUUAAUCUUUAGUCUCAAUCUUUCAAAAUGUCCGCCGUUCAACUCAAGUUCACUCUUCGGACCUCGUCCAAUGUCAAGACUGUCCACCUGCUUGGCUCCUGGGACAACUACUCCCGUCAGAUUCCCCUCUCCAGGGAUGAGGGCAAGGCCGGCUCAUGGGUUGGUAAGUUCCGCUUCCAGACCUCCAUGCUUAAGCUCGGCGGCCGUUACUGGUACUACUACAUCAUGGAUGGAUACCACGUCUCCCAUGAUCCCGCCGUUGAGUACACCGUUGAGCCAACCACUGGCCGCAAGCUGAACAUCCUUGAUGUUCCCGGAGGCAACAAGAAACCCAGCACCUCCUCCACCCACAAACCUAGGAGGACCUCCGAGGAGGUGGUCAAGGGCCGUGCUCCAUCGCCAUCUAAGAUUCACCACCCCAAGCCCUCCAAGCCCUACGCCUCCCGCCAAAUCCGGGAGACCGACUUCGCUCCCACCAUGGAGGAUCUCACGAUGCGUUUUGCGGGCUCUCGCCUGUCGGACGAGUACUCACUCUCCAACAGCCCGCCCAGCUCGGUUGGCUCGUCCCUGUCUUCGCGGUCCUCUCGGUCCUCCGGCAGCACCUCGCCUUCUUCCCUUUCUUCCAUGAGUGACCCAGCUAGCGUGUGCCGCUGUGAGCGCUACGGUAUCACUCGGAAGGGUGACCGUGUCAAGCUCGACUGCGGUGGUAGCCGCUGCGGCUACGUGACCGAGUCGUCCGAGGCAAGCUGUUCCGAGUCUGACAGUGAUGAGGAGUACCGCCGGGCCCGCCGGGGUGUUCGUCGCCAGGGUAUCGUUGUGCGUCGGUAAAUCGUACAGCUGGUGGAAUUAUUUCUUGCAAUCAAAUUUUUAUGGAGAUGGAUUGAUCCCCACCCCCCGACCGGGCGGUGCCAAUCAAUAUGGCAUGUUACAGUUAUGCCAUGAUGUUCAGAACAGCCUUUCCUUAGCAGUUCUCCGAAGAGAACAUUUACUUCAACACAGAAAAUCAAAAAAAAGGGGGGGCGGUUUGGAGAGAGGAAGGAAAAUUAUACCGGAUCGUAGCCGUGCUACGAGCAAGCCGGACUCGCUUCGUGCUAGCUGAGGCUGAAGUUUAGGAAGGGGUAGGAAGUCUGGGGAAGAGAUGUGUGGGAAGGUAUAUUGUGGUGGUGAGAAUGAAGUUAGGGACGGAAGGGGAAGACAAUGACAAUGUUGCCCUGUGUCUGAUGCUACAACAGACCAGCCAGGUGAAACGCCAUGAAUGAGUGAUGAUGCUUUUUAUCUGGACGGCGCAAGUGGCGCUUAACCCUAAGCCGGGGAUGGGUACUCGACUCCGUCCAGAAUGAACGACGAAUUAUGCUCCUUGGAUUAGCUUAAAUUUGAAAAAAAA